AUGGCUCCAUAUGGUCUAACUUCUUGGACAGGACAACGGUUUGGAAAUCAGCAAGGUAACAGACCUUACAGUGGAAACAGCCAACGCAGUAACUUUCAAGGCAAUUCUUCUGGUUUCACUCCCAAACCUGACUAUCAAAAGCAGCAACAAAGCAGUGGAUACACAAGGACCUAUGGCAACAAUUCAUAUCAGUCUCCACCUCCAAAAACAGCUGAGAGUAGUAGUGUGGAAGCUAUGCUUGAGCAGCUUUUGCAAGGUCAAGAACUGAUGACAGUGACCUUCAAUGGGAAGCUUGACAAUAAGCUAGAAAGUCAGGUUGCACAAACAGUUGGAUCCAUCAAAAGGCAAGAGGGAUUUCUCCCUGGGAUAACUGAAUCAAAUCCCAAGCAUUCAUGCAAUGCAGUGACCUUGAGAAGUGGCAAACAACUCCAUUCUACACCCCAGAAGGAUCAAUCUCAUGAUCUACUUGAGUUGAUUGAUGUUGAAGAGGAUGAGGAUGUUUCUGCGGAACUAGUGCUGACCGACACAGAAGAGCAUCGGUCGACACCCUGUCCACCCGAAGCCACAGAUUCUACACUAGAAGUCAGCAUCGAUCGAUGCCACCUUGGUACCGAUCGAUGCCAACCACGGACCGAAACCCAGAAAGACACAUCUUCCACACCAGUUGCAGAGAGAGUUUACAAACCCAAGGUUCCUUUUCCUAAGAAUCCAAGGAAGUCCAAACAAGAGAGAUAUGUCAAGAGGAUGGUGACUAAGGAUUUGAAUGCUGAGCAAGGAGUGAUGAUGAUAUCAGCUCAAGUCAGUGCUAUUAUCCAGAACAAGAUCCUAGAGAAGCUUCCUGAUCCAGGUAGUUUUGUUCUUCAUUGCACUAUAUUCACUGACAGAUUUGCUAGAUCUUUGUGUGAUCUUGGUUCUAGUGUCAACUUUAUGCCAAGAUCAGUGGCUCUUCGCCUGGGUAUGACAGACUUCAAGCCUACCAAGCUCACUCUUAUCCUUGUUGAUCGCUCAAUUCGCAUUCUUGAUGGUGUACUUGAAGAUGUUCCAAUUAAAAUUGGUGAAUGCUUGUUACCUACUGAUUUUGUGGUACUCAAGUAUGAAGAAGAACCUAAGGACCCUCUUAUCCUGGGAAGAUCAUUCUUAGCCACUGCUGGAGCUAUAAUUGAUGUCAAGAGGGGACAAAUUGGGCUUAAUAUUGGUGAUCUAUAA